AUGGAGUUCUCUUGCCCCUGGCCUCGCUCUUCCUGCAGCUCGGUUCUGCUCUCGCAAGUCUGCCUGUUGACCAGUGCUGCUGUUUGUUUUUGUGCAGUUCGGUUUCUGUCGCUGGUAAAACCAGCAAUGUGCAUCUUGCCCGAGGUCCACGCACCUGAGCGCCGUGUGCCUUUCCCCUCUAAUAGAGGCACCCUAAUGGAGCUCGGCAUCUCCCCAAUUGUUACAAGCGGGAUGGUCAUGCAGCUCCUUGCGGGUUCUAAAAUCAUACAAGUCGACCAGAGUCUCAAGGAAGACAGAGCCCUCUUUCAGGGUGCACAGAAACUGCUGGCUUUGUUAAUUACCAUCGGCGAGGCUGUGGCGUACGUCAUCAGCGGCAUGUAUGGGCCCAUCUCUGAGAUUGGUGCAGGCAGCGCGUUGCUAAUUAUUCUGCAGCUUUUCUUUGCGGGAGUAGUUGUCAUCAUUUUGGACGAACUCCUUCAGAAGGGCUACGGCUUGGGCAGCGGCAUUUCACUCUUCAUUGCUACAAACAUUUGCGAGACGAUCGUUUGGAAGCUGUUGUACAGGCGUUUUAAAAACAACGUGCUGGUUAAUCUGCUCGGUCAGUGGCAGGAAGUCGACGCUGGCGGCCACUCGGUGCCAGUGGGAGGCAUCGCAUACUACAUCUCCCCACCGGGUUCUUUUGGUUCUAUUCUUGACGAUCCCCUGCACAGCUUUGUUUACAUCACUUUCGUUCUCGUCUCUUGCGCCCUCUUCUCUAAAACAUGGAUCGAAGUGUCCGGCUCCAGCUCACGAGACGUGGCGAAACAGCUCAGGGACCAGCAAAUGGUGAUGAAGGGCUACAGAGAAAGCUCCCUUGUUCAGGUGCUUAAUCGCUACAUUCCAACAGCAGCCGCGUUUGGUGGCAUGUGCAUUGGGGCUCUCACCAUCAUUGCCGACUUCCUAGGCGCCAUCGGCAGUGGUACUGGUAUUCUCCUUGCCGUCACAAUUAUUUAUCAGUACUACGAAAUGCUCGCCAAAGAAAAGGAGCAGGGUGAGAGAUGCUGA